AAAAACACUUAAACUGAAUAUAAAGGACAGCCCACAGCUGCCCACGUCUCAUAGGUUGCUUUGGCGCAGGUUCUCGGCCUCCGCAGCGGACCGCUUGGGCGGACCGUUGCCGGAGGCCUAAGAGCCAAGAGCUUACUAGCCGAUGAGCCACUUUGGUCAGCAUUUAGCCUGCGAGUAGCGGCUCACUGGGCGCGCGAUGAAGCUGAAAAUUAAGUUGCCAGGCGCAGCUGGGCAGGCGCCUAGCUCCAGUCAGGCUGAUCCCAGCACCAGCACGGCAACGCCUUUGGCGCAUCCCACGGCUUCCACAGCUGGCACCCCAAGCAGGAAGCGUAAAGAGCUCACAGACGAUGUCAAUGGCGCGGAUGGCGGAUUCCCAGCUCCCUCCGGGCCGCCGCUUAAAAGGGUUGCAACCGCAUCAUCCAUGCAGCUUUCAGGUACUCCGGGUAGCGGUAUGCCGCCUCCUCGCCUUAAAAUUUCUCUACCUGGAGCCCGUGCAGCUGCUGCGGCUGCAGCCGCUGCUGCUGCUGCCGCGGCUUCCACGCCCCUCGCAGCAUCAGCGGGCCCCGGUCCCGGUAGCGCUCGCCUAAGCGGCGGAUUCGCCACGCCUGCAGGAUCCACACACGUUUCCCUCGGGGGAGGAGCUCCUCCUCCCUCUGCUGCUGCUGCCUCCUCCAAGGGCCGUGUAAGUGACGAAGCCAUGCGAAUAGCCCAGCAAGUUAACCAGGCCUUCUCCAGCACGCUGGUUGGUGGGGAAGGAGGAGGAGGAAGUGGGUUCGGAGGGGGAGCUGCUAGAAGACCCGGACCGGGCCCCCCAGGACCCGGACCUGGACCCGAUCCAGGGGGGGCUACAGCAACGCCAGCAGCAGCAGCCGUACCCCCCGCAGCGCUUACCGCACCCUUACCUCCCGCUUUAGCCCCACUUCCGAGACCCAAACCCCCACCACAGCAGCAGCAGCAGCUGGUGGCUCCACUGCCCUCUGGACCAGCCGCACCCGCAAUUAAGAAGAUCAAGCUGUCCGUGAAGAUGCCUAACCUGGCUAGCCUGGCAGCUCGUAUCGCCCGUGGUGAGGCAACGGGGCCGGAGGAGGGCGGUGGUGGGGGGGCGGCAGGCGCCGCUGCCGGGCCGCCACGACCCGGUGACGUCAGCCGGCCCGCUGCUGCUCCUGCAACGGGCGCCGGCGGCGCCGCCGCCGCCGACGCACCAGGCGCUGCCGUACCGCCGCGGCGUCCAUUCAAACUUAAGAUCUCCAUGCCGUCUCUAACCGGCGGCGGCGCUGGUGGCGCCGCCGGCCGAGGCACGGGCGCAGGUGCCGGCGCCACCACCACCAUCAAAGCCAUCAAACCCAUUAUCGCCACCGCCACGCGGCCCACAGCCAUCUCCACCAAGCCCGCGGCGGCGGCGGAGGCGGGCUUGUCGGACGAGGAGGAUGAGGACUACGGCCCAGAUCCGGAGUUUGCGUUGCCACGCCGCGGAAGGGGUCGUGGUAGGGGCAGGGGUACCUCACGUGGGGCA